AUGUUGGAGACUGGAGCUGACUCAAAACUGAGUUGGACCGUUGAAUCACACUCGCGUGUGCCGGAGAUGCCCAAUCCCCUGCGUGAAAAGGCCAAAACAGCUCAUGGGGAAGAUUGCGACCUGGCGGUCUUGAUGGUCGAAGUAUGGCAAGACGACGCAUCAGGCAAUGUCUCAAAGCAAUAUGACCCACAUCUCAUCACCUGUGUUCGCAAUACUGCCCUUCCGGGUCGUCUUCUGCAGCAAGACUUUCAUAUCCACCAUGUCUCAAGUUCGCAACAUGCCUCGGCGGGAGAGCAGUUUGCAGCAGUUCGUGAUAUCAUUCGGUCAACAGAGCAAGACCCGAUCCAGUGCUUCGACUCCCAUUGCAACAAGAAUAUUGCCAUUAUUGUACGAGCCCCAGGACUUCCAGCCGACAAUCCCCAGCAGUCAAUAGAAGCGAGUCAUAUUGGCUGCAAUGCUAAUUUCCCGUGUCGCAAGUGUGCAUGGGGCGCGACGACCAUUGACAAAACCUCUCCCGAAAUAUACCACGCAUGCCAUCUGUCGACUGGUGUUAAGCGGACCGCAAGUCAAAUCAGGGACCGUUUGCAGACCCAGCUUGACCUUGCCACCAGGGGUGAUGCAAAGUCAAUCAAGGAGCUUCAAAUGGCAACCGGCACCAAAGACAAGGUGACACAAUAUUGGAUUGACAAGUCGCUGGCCCGUUUUUCUCAGAUUCAGGACCAGCAGCCUGAUAUUACGACCGCUGAGAUUUCAACCCAAGUGUCCGAGUGGCUGCAGCACCAACCAGGUGAUAAAAUGAAUCCUUUGCUCGAUAUCACUGGUCUCGAUCCCGCGCAGGACACACCGGUUGAGCUGUUACACACUGUACUGCUCGGUGUAAUGAAGUACAUCUGGCAUUUUCUAAAUACCGCCCAAUGGUCCGACAGUCACAGACAGCUGCUCGCUAUUCGGUUACAGUCAACCGAUAUCUCUGGACUUUCAAUUCCUCCCAUCCGUGCUGCGUUCAUGAUCCAGUACCGAAAUAACCUCAUCGGAAAACACUUCAAAACGCUGAUGCAAAUUCUCGCACUCCAUACACAUGAUAUAUGCACACCGGAGCAAUUCUCUCUUAUUCUUGCGGCUGCAGAUCUUGGCGCCCGUCUUUGGAUACCCGAGAUUGAUGACAUGGAGAGCUAUUUGGCAGAUCUCAACAUUGGUAUUGCCAAUUUACUGGAUGCCUUUGAUGUCGUUGAUCCACUUCGCAUCUUGGUCAAGAUUAAACUCCAUCUAUUGGCACACUUACCGGACGACAUCCGCCGCUUUGGCCCCGCCAUCCGUUUCUCAACCGAAGCAUUUGAAGCAUACAAUGCCAUUUUCCGGGCCUGCUCUGUUCGAAGCAAUCGACAAGCCCCCAGCCGUGACAUCGCGCGAAAACUGGCAUCUAUUGAGCGUGUGAAGCACAUUUUUGCUGGUGGUUACUGGUACAACCAGCAAUGCGGCAAAUGGGUCUGUGCUGCCGAAAGUGUACAGGAGCUUCUGGUCACCAUACCUGUCUUCCAGCGGCAUCUGGGUUGGGUGUCGCCCAAACUCGUUGAAUGCGGCACUGUUCAAUUGAUCUCCGAAAAGCGUCAACCCACUGUUGAUUGGGCAGGAAGCGGUUACUCACCAUAUUGGCGUGACCAGCUGGGUCCUUUACCCACUCCCAAUAGCCGGUGGCGCUCUGCCCUCACUGUUGCAGCAAAGAAUGGAGAUCUCGUAAGACCCUUAUGCUGGGUUUUUGCGCUUGCGUCGCCUGGGGAGUAUAUUCUCGGUCGUGUCACCAAAAUCCUGGUUGCAGAACAAGUUCUCAUUGUGCUCGAGCGCUUCGUGUGCACAGAAAUUGUCCAUCCCGACUUCAAGUGGCCUGUCAUACGCCGACCCAAUGGACCAGAGAUCAUCAACGGAAUGACAUCAUAUGUCCUUCUUAAUCCACCAGCAAUUCAGUUUGUGUGCUCCGUUGCACAUGAUUGUCGCCGCGGAGCUUGUCAACCUGUGGCUGGGGGCAAGGAGCGGCAAGAACGCGAGGAUACAAUCAGGGACACAAGUCUGCUGAAGCAUACUGAUGACGACCGAUUUGUCUUGAAUUUGGCUGCUUUUCACAACUUUGCAGAGAUUCGACGAAUUCUUCCUCGAGAGUACACAUGUUUGAAGUUGUUGCAUGAUGACCGGGAGUCCUUCCAUCGUGUCACUGCGCUGAAAGCACAAGACCUGCGAAAAACACGCCAGCAGAAGACCGCAGCCAAGCGGAAGGCCAAGACAGCCGAGAAGAAAAGGAUAGCAGCAGAAGCGGCGACAGAAGCGGCUGAAACAGAGGCUCAGCAAGGCACAGAGGCAGAUACUGCAGCUCAGAACCAAAAAAGGCGGGCUAAGGUUGCCGAGAAGAAGCGCUUGGCUGCUGUUGCAGCAGCAGAGGCGGCGGCAGCAGAGAUGGAAGAAGAGGACAGUGAUCCUGGGAGCAAUUCUGAGAGCGAGGACGACUCUGACAAUGAUGUUGACUAUGUUCCACAAGGGAGGAUGAUCCCGGGGGGGGACAGUGAACGCACUACCCGUGCACAAGCAAGGGCUCAUGCAGUAUAA